GGGGAGACUUUCGAGUACGUGAACUCACAGAUGAUGGUACAGGAUCUGAAGCUAUUCAUAGUUUUGAUUCUCUAGAAGAAAAAUUUUUUGAUAAUGUUAAGGAGAAACAAGGACGAGUAAAAUAUUUUCGAAAGCAUAGAUAG